AUGGCGUUCAACACGAAAUUUCAGGCCGGCGAGUCCUACGGGGACGAGAGGAAUGCUUCUAGCAACUUCUUCGCCGAUCCCGCAAAGGUCGCCGCAGACCUGAUGAAAGAUCUUGUGGGCCUCAAGAACCAGAUCUCAAUAGUAGAGCUCACAGGCCUCAUUAAAGAGUUGCUGUCUAAAGGCGAGCCUUUGGACGACAAGAAGGGAAACAGCUCGACACUGACAGUUGUUAUCAUCAGUACGACCGAAGUUUUGAUCGGCAUCUUGACCUCUCUUCCUGCCACAUCAAAGGCCAGAUCACAGCUUACCAACAAGCUCAUCGACACACUCUGGGGCAACCUCCAGCACCCCCCGUUGAGCUAUGUCGGUGGCGACGUCAAGUAUGAGGUCGUCAACCCCAAGGACCCCAAGCCCCAGACCAAGCCCGAGGAAUUCAUCGAGUUCAAGGCUCCUGACAGCGAUGUCAUCCUGCGUGAGCAGCUUCCCACAGCUCCCGAUGGCAUCCACCACUACAGAAUGCCUGAUGGCAGCUACAACAACAUCCUUGAGCCUCACUUGGGCCAAGCAGGCACUCCCUACGCAAAGACUGUCAGGACUGCAAAGAGACUCCAUGGCGUCAAGCCUGACCCGGGUCUGCUCUUUGACCUCCUGAUGGCUCGUGACGACAAGAGCUUCAAGGAGAACCCGGCUGGUAUCUCAUCCAUACUUUUCUACCACGCCUCCAUCAUUAUCCACGAUAUCUUCAGAACCAACCGUACGAACAUGAACAAGUCCGACACGUCGUCGUAUCUCGACUUGGCGCCCCUUUAUGGUUCCUCCCUGAAGGACCAGCUGGAGAUCCGGACCAUGAAGGAGGGUAAGCUCAAGCCUGACACAUUCCACGAGAAGCGUCUUCUAGGACAGCCUGCGGGAGUCAACGUCAUGCUGGUCCUCUACAGCCGUUUCCACAACUACGUCUGCGACAUCCUGCUCAAGAUCAACGAGAAUGAGCGCUUCACGCUCAAGCACGGCCCCAACCCUAGCGCCGAGGAGAAGGCCAAGGCCGUGGCCAAGCAGGACCACGACCUCUUCAACACGGCACGCCUGAUCGUCGGCGGUCUGUACAUCAACAUCUGCCUGCACGACUACCUCCGCGCCAUCACCAACACGCACCACUCCAAGAGCGACUGGACGCUCGACCCCCGUGUGGAGAUUGGCAAGCAGUUCGACGGCGAGGGCGUCCCCCGCGGUGUCGGCAACCAGGUCAGCGUCGAGUUCAACCUGCUGUACCGCUUCCACGCUUGCAUCUCCAAGAAGGACGAGCGCUGGAUCAACGGCUUCUUCAGCAAGCUGUUCCCCGGCACCAAGCCCGAGGAGCUGGAGAACAUCCAACUCCAGGACCUCGGUAUUGCUCUGCAAAAGUGGGAGAUGAGCAUCGACAAGGACCCCAGCAAGCGCACGUUCGACGGCCUCCAGCGUCAGGCGGACGGCACGUUCAAGGACGAGGAGCUCGUUAACAUCCUCAAAGAAGCCAUGGACGACCCCGCCGGCUGCUUCGGCGCCCGCAUGGUGCCCAAGGCGCUCAAGAUUGUCGAGAUUCUCGGCAUCAAGCAGGCUCGCGCGUGGCAAGUCGCCUCCCUGAACGAGUUCCGCGAGUUCUUUGGCCUGAAGAAGUACGACACCUUCAAGGACAUCAACUCGGACCCCGACAUCGCCAGCCUGCUCGAGAAGCUGUACACCGACCCGGACAUGGUCGAGCUCUACCCCGGUCUGAUGAUCGAGGAUAUCAAGCCCGUCCGCAACACGGGCAGCGGUAUCUGCCCGACGUACUCGGUCGGCCGCGCCGUGCUCUCCGACGCCGUCACCCUCGUGCGGUCCGACAGGUUCAACACCCUCGACUACACCGUGUCGAACCUGACGGCGUGGGGAUACAACGAGGUCCAACAGGACUACAAGACGCUCGGCGGCUCGAUGCUGUACAAGCUCAUCCAGCGCGGUCUGCCCGGCUGGUUCCCGUACAACUCCAUCGCCGUGAUGCAGCCCAUGUACACCAAGCAGGCCAACGAGAGGAUCGCGAGGGAGCUCGGCACCAUCGGGCACUACACGCUCGACGACCCGAAGCCGCCGCCGAAGCCCGUCGUCGUCUACACGGCGGCCGCCGUCAAGCAGGUCCUCGGCAACCCGCAGCAGUUUGUCGUGCCGUGGCUCAGGCCCCUCAACGAGCUGUUCGUCGACACCAAGAAGGACUUUAGCUGGUUCAUGCUCGCCGGCGACGGCCCGCAGAACCGCCAGGAGAAGCUCAACAUGCUGAACGCGAUGAAGAAGGUGCCGAACCUGCACGGCGCCAUCCACGACUUCAUCGAGCGCGUCGGCGCGCAGCUCAUCGCCAAGGAGACGUUCAAGAUGCGGGAGAACCUGUGCCAGAUGGACAUCAUUCGCGACGUCGCCAUCCCGCUCAACGCCCAGCUGCUCUCCGACCUCUUCUACUUUGACAUGCGCACCGACGAGAACCCGGACGGCACCCUGAGCUCGACGGACCUCUACCGCCAUCUGCUCAACAUCCGCAUCUGGGGCGUCAACAACAACGACCCCGGCCAGGCGUGGAACCGUCGCCGUCGCGCUCAGGAGAGUGCAAAGAUCAUUAUGGACUCCACGCGCAAGCUCAUCAACGAGGUUGCUGCGUCGCGCGGUCUCGGCUUCGGUAUCGCUUCGGCCGUCGCCAGCGUGGUUACCCGCAAGACGUACCUCAAGAAGAACUCCCUGCGUUCCUGCGGUUACAAGCUCGCGGAGGAGCUCUUGGCCCAGGGCGCUUCGGCCGAGAAGGUCACCGACAACAUGUGGCUUACUUCUUUUGGCGGUAUCGGUGUUCCGGUCACAACGUUCUACGAAAUCAUGGAGUUCUUCCUCCGUCGCGAGAACGCGUCCAUCUGGGCCGAGGUCCAGAACAUGGCGCAAAAGAACGACGACGUCGGACUGCAUAACUACGUCCUCGAGGCUCAGCGUCUCACAACCUCGCAGCGCAACGUGCGUGUCGCGGUUGCGCCGGGCGAGGUCGACGGCAAGAAGGUCGAGAAGGGCAACCUCGUGGUCAUGCUUCUUGGCGAGGCCGGCCGCAACCCCAAGGAUGUGCCCAACGCCGACAAGUUCGACCCCAAGCGCAACAUGGAGGGCAACAUCACCGCCUUCAGCUACGGCCAGCACGAGUGCGUGGGCAAGGACAUCGCCCUUGCGUUCGUCACCGGGCUCGUCAAGCUCAUGGCCGACCUCAAGCAGCUUCGUCCUGCGCCGGGUGAGAUGGGUGUCGUCAAGACCAUCCAGGUCGGCUCCGAGAAGGCCUACCUUAACGACAGCUGGUCGUACCUUGGCUUCGAUGCUAGCACCUGGAAGGUUCACUUCGACGGCCACGGAAAGGGCGCCUACACGGCGGACCCGACGCCCAACAACCCCAUCGACAUGGGUAAAUACUACUAUCUGCUUCAGCAACGCAAGGAGGAUUUCCUCAAGGGCUUGAAGGCUUGA